AUGAUGGAGACAAAAGAAAGAAUUAAAAUUCCAAAACCAAGCAAGAAACAGCUCGUUCCCGCAAUUUUGAUCGUAAUAGUACUCCUCGCAAGUUUUUUCUGCUGGCUUGCGAUGUUUGAUUUCAACAUUGUCGAAAAAUCUCACGAAGAAUGGGAAACAGCGAGAAUCGAAGAAGCCAUCAACCAGAAUAAAGAAAUGAUGAAAAAAUUGGCGGAUGAUUGGGGAUUUUUUGAUUUCCGGGGUGAUCAUGGUUUUGCUCAACGAGGGGGGCCCUUCCAAGUUUACGACGAUUAUGCUAAGGAAUUCACAAUAUUUUAA